UUCUGUUAGCGAGAAAAAAUAACGUCAGUUAGACUUCCCAAACCAUCGUUCUGAAAUUUGUUCAAAAUGUUUACUUCUUCUGGGUAUUUCAGAGGCCUUAAUUGUCCGUAUUUUGCGAAUGGCUUGUGUGAACGGGCUUACUGCCACUUCAGACAUUCUAAACCGAUACCAGAGAAAGAUUCUGUGACAUCACUCUCAAGAUCUGUGAGCAAAGAAGCAUUAGAAAACAAUGUUCCUGCCAUUUACGGAGGGCCCAGUAGCAACUUCAAACCCAGUGAUGAAUGGGAACCUCAAAAGGCAGAGAAAGACCCCAAAACAGAAAGUGAAGAUGCACCACCAAACAACAGUGAGGAGGAAAACAAUGCUGGAACAGAUGGAAGUAAAAUUGGUCCAUAUGGAAAGUACUGGCCUGCCCAGCAAUAUGAGCCUGUAGUUGGUGAUCCUGGGAAAGUACCAAAUGUGAAAUACACCCCAACACCUAUCAGUGCAUUGGAAGUCAAAAAAGAGGCUGAAAAAAUUGUACUUACUCAAGCAAAAGGAGGAGCUAUGCUGGAGUAUAACCCUACGCCUAUUGUACAGUUGCAGCAAAUGCGACGUAAGCCAAGUCAUAGGUUGAAGGGAAAGUCUGCAGAGGGUAUGGAAUAUGACCCAGAGAGUAACUUUUCUACUCAGGACAAACCAGGUGAAGAGGGAGUAAAAUGUAGAAAGCGAACAAUUAGUUCUGACUUGGACAGCAUUGAGUACAUUCCAACAAAAAGAAAUCACACAGAUAUUGAAGGCGAGUUUAGUGAGGAGGAGUACCAGCUAGAACCUGUUGAGAAUCUCCCAGAGUAUGUUCCCACCUCGAUGGCAACUGCAAAGUAUCCCAUAGGUAAUGUUGAUGCUACCCUCAUUGACGUUCGUUUUCAAGAAAAUGGAGACAAUACCAAGGAGGAUGAGAAUAAGAUACCCGAAAGUCGUCUCAGCAUGAAUGACUAUAUUAAGUUAUUGCUUAAUCCUGCUGAUACAUGUACUGCAUCUUCCUCAGGAAAUCAUCAUUUUGAAUUGAAAAAGAAAGAUAAGGGCUUAAAAUCAAACAAUGCUAGAACAAACUCAGUAAAAUCUGACACAAGUUCAGGAACAAAAAAGGAGAAACAUAGUGAAAAAGAAGGUAGAAAUGGCACAAAUAGGGAAUGCCGAGCCUCGACAGAUAGCAGAAUGGAUGGAAAUAGAUCCGAGAGGCAAACUAGUAAAGAUACAAAUUCUGGUCAUAGAAGGGAGAAGCGAAAUUCUGAGAGUCAUGUCUCAAAGUCUCAUGGUCAUGCUCAUAAAGAUAAGGAAAGUAAGUCAUCAAAUGGUCACAAAUCAUCAUCGUCAUCAAAGGACAAAACCAGUUCGUCAACAAAUUCGCACAGAUCUGACUCUAGCAAGAAUCAUAAACAUCACAGUAAGAAUCAUCGAAAUAAUGACAAAUCUCGGCACUUCAGUUCAGAGAAGUCUGGAUCAGCCCACAGUAGUAAGCAUGACGAUGGGAAGGACAACGCGACAUCUAAUGAUCAUGGAAAAGGCCUCAGUCAGUCAGGUGGUUUUAGUUCACAAGGGCCUGAAAAAACAAAUGGCAGUGUCCACACAGGACAGAAGCAACUUAUUGAUGUGAAUUUAGACUUGUUCGGAGCUGAUAGUGAUGUCAGUGAUGACAAUGCUGUGACAGUGUCAAACAUGGUCGCCGGUGAAGAUCGAGAUAGUGAUGAUACAUUCAGGGGAGAUAAUUUGGAUAGUGACAUUGAAAUACAGUAUGACUUGUCAGACAUAGAAGAAGAUGCAGAUACAUACGAAGAAUGUUUGCGGAUAUUCCAUGAAAGUGGAGCAAAGUUGAAACUACCGAAUGUAGGAAAGUCAUCUCACAAAGGCAUGGAAGAUGAUGACACUUCAGUUAAAUUGGGGAAGAAAAGAGUUGCACAUAAGCUUGAAUCUAAUUCUGUAAAAAAAGUCAAAGAAAGACCCAUGGCUAAAUUAAGCCCGGCUCAGGUGAUGCACAACAGAUUUGUACAGAUGCAAAAGAGGGCUUUGGAAGCCGUUAAAGCAAAUCAGUCAAAACAGGAACCAUCCACAUCUGGGACAUUGUCAAAGUCUAGAGUAUCUCAUGGGGCAAGCUUGGCUUCUCGACAGAAAGAAAAACUUACUAUAAGUACAGCCUCGAAGACAGAGAAAAGAGAGGCACAUACUCCUGUGGUGGCAUUAUUACCAAGACCCACAGUACCAGCUGACUUUGGGAGCAAAAUUCCCACCAAUGUUCGCCAGCGUUACCUGAAUCUCAUUAUAGAUGAAUGUCUGAAACUCUGUAAAACAGAGAAGGAGGCCUAUGACAGGGCAUUGGAAGAAGAAAAGGCUUGCUAUUCCAGAGCAAGUUCAAAAAAUAUCUACCUCAAUGUUAGCGUGAAUGCUAUUAAGAAGCUGCGGGUGGAAAUUUCAAACAAGAAUUCCAAGAAGUCAAACAAUACUAAUACUACAACAACUCUUAGCCAUCAGACCAUGCUAGGAGGUUUGAAGGCUACACAGAUCAGCUAUACACUCAACAGAUCACAGGGUGCCCCGAAAGUCCAAACCCAGGACUUUCUAGGAGCUGAGUUGUACAAACGACUGAAACCCUAUGUGUUGACUGAGCAGCAACUAGUGGAUAAUGGCUUCCCAAGAUGGGACUCUGAUAACCCUGGCACGCCAAUUAUCAAAGAACGUGAUGUAGGACAAAACAGUCCAGCAAAAGCCAAAUCCAAAGGCAACUACAAAAUAUGUAUCCGUUGUGGGAAGAGAUUUGAGGUGUACCCAAAUGGAAAGUAUGCUAUGAAGGAGGAAUGUGUAUACCACUGGGGCAAAGCAUGGAAACGCAAAAUUGCUGGAGCUAUAGAAACCAGAUAUACAUGCUGUUCUAGUGAGCUGGAGGUGAAAGGCUGUCAAGUCUGCCCUCUGCAUGUUCAUGACAGCAACAAGUAUAUGAACAUGUCUGGAUUCAUGAGGACCCUACCCUGCUCCCCUCCUGUGGAUGGAGACUAUGGUACAUAUGCCAUGGACUGUGAAAUGGUGUACACAUUCGGGGGCUGUGAAUUGGCCCGUGUCACUGUGAUUGCCCCAGAUCUCUCUGUGAUUUAUGAGUCACUUGUGAAACCCGACAAACCUGUGAUAGACUACAAUACAAGGUUUAGUGGUAUUAAAGAGGAAGACAUGAAGGGUGUGACCACGACACUGAGAGAUGUACAGGCAGUAUUACUCAGCCUCUUCACUGAUAAGACGAUAUUAAUGGGCCAUAGUUUAGAGAGUGACCUCAUAGCUACAAAGUUGAUUCACAGCACUGUCGUGGAUACAUCUGUUGUUUUCCCCCACCGACUAGGACCACCUUAUAAAAGGGCUCUCAAGACUCUCAUGGCGGAGUUCUUACAGAAGAUUAUACAGGAUGAUGUUGGUGGCCAUGACAGUCAUGAAGAUGCAGCCUCGUGUCUCCACUUGAUGCAGCUGAAGUUGAAGGAAGAUGCGAAAAGACAAGUGCGCAGAAACUAGCUUGACAACUUAGUUCGCGUUCAUUUGCUCUUUGUUGGAGCUUUGUUGUUCAUUAUUGGAUGUGGGAAUACUAGCUAUUCAGAGUUUUGCCAAAAUAGAUCUGCAUUUUCAGAAACAGUGCUGAAGAAAGGAAGGAAGAGUCAUUCUUGCAGAAGAAAAAGACACUGUUACUUUGAACUUGUGUCAUAGGGCAAAAUAUUGAGACAUAAAUUAGUCCUGUUAUAUUCAAAGUAAAUGUAUAAGACUAAAGGGAGGACAUAAUUUGGCAAACAUCUUACAGUCAAAUUUGGAUUUUUAUGUGAAGCUAAGGGGUUUUGGUUGUUUAUUAUUUAUAAUCAACUGAAUAUUUUCAGCUAAUAAAGAAUGCACACAGCUUCAAAUCUUGUGACUUCCGGCUCUAAGCCAGUUUGUAACUUUGCAUAAAUCUGAACUGAUUAUGUCUGUAUGAAGUGUACAAUGUAAAUCCUACUCCUGGCCCUGAAGAUCUGUAAACAAACAAAGAAAUAUCAUGCAACUUACAAACUUAAGAUUAGUAUAGCUAUUUUUUAAUUUUAAUUGCUUUUAACUGCAAAGUCAUCCUCUGAAAAUGUGCUCCGUUAUUCUUCAUUGAGUAGCUUUGUACAUUUACAUGCUAGCUUACCUUUGGCUUGCCAAUUUCCUGAAAUCUGAAUUGUACUAAAUACACUGUUUCAAUAUAUGACUCUAACAAAAAAUUAUUACUUUUGGUAAAAUGUAUUUCAUCAACUAUAUUCAUCUCAGUACAGCAUGAAUAUUCUUGUGUAAGAACAGAGAUAUUUUGCUUACCUCAGUUUUUUGGCAUUAUUUAUCUCUGAAUAUUAUACAACAAAACUGAAGUCCAGGCAAUUUUAUUGGUAUUGAUAUUGUUAUGAUGUAGUGCCUGUAUAUUUCUCAUAUGAAAUUUGUAGUGCAAACAAGUGUUAUUUGUUUAUUUCGUAAAUAUAUAAAAGGGUCAGCCGUUUACAAGAAUUUUUGAUCAUCUGAAAGUAGUGUAACAGUACAUCUUGUUACAUUUGUUUUGUAAGUGUCUAUGUGGAAACUUAAUUGUUCCAUUGAAUAAUACACAUUAAUACACAUAAUAUUUUGGGGACACAAAAGGGCAUCGAUUUGUAACUAAUGAAUUCUUAUUUCAUUUUCAUUCAGUCUAGGUCAUUUUAUCUCAAUUCUUGAAAAUUUGUUUUCGAUUAUUUUCUGUUGAUAAAAAGAUGAAAGUGCUUUCUAGAACUUGAUGGAACAUUGUUUUUUCAACAUAUACAGGCACUUGUACUUUUGAAUUUGAAAGUGCUUACCUAUUUUGUGGAAAGACAUAACAAUUAGGGGUAAAUUGAAGGUUUCAAUACUUCAUAAGAUAUAUUUGUGAAAUGUUGGCUCCCUCAAAUCUUAAAAGAUUAUUACAUAUGUGUUUUUCUUUAUUUCUUUUUUUUUUCUUUGAUUGCUUUUCAUUGUUUAAUUUGAAAAAUGUUAAGAACAGUACUGAGCAUGCUUUGUUCUGCCAGAUGCCAGCAUUUGUAUCGGUGAGUUUGAAUGUGCUGUUCUCUUUUGCGGACAGAUACCUCAAAUUUACAUAAAAAUCAAGGUUGUGAGACUUCAUGUACAUCAUGUUUGUAUUCAUGUCAUGUACACUUUGACAUGAAUUAUCUAAAAUAUCUGGGUGAUAAACGUACAAAACUAAGGAAAGAUUUCUCUUACUCAGUAUUAUUUAGAAAGGCCAAUUGCCUUUUGGUUUUUGAAAGUUCUGAGUCCAGCUUCACUAAUGCUGUGUAACUUUGUGUAACAGAAUAAUGUUCUCUAUUUAAUCCUAUUUGUGAAUGUGAAAAGUUCUGAGGAACUGAGUUGUUUGUACAGUAUUACUGCACACAACUGACCAAUGCGU